UCCAACUUCAAGUUCAACUUCAACUUCAAGUUCAGACGUUCUGCUUGCUGGCUGUGGUGCCUUUUGCCAGGAGCUUUUUAGUUCGACUUCUUAAGCAAGAAAGGACCACCAUGAUGAGAUGUUUCGUGUGCUGAGGUGCACCCCACAGCCGGCCACAGGCGAUCAACGCUCACCAGAACUGGGUGCUUUUGAAGCGACUUUGCUCCACCAGCGCUCUUUCUCUCUAUGUGCCUCCAAAUCCAGGGGAGAAUUUUGGCGGAUCAAUCAACCACCAACGGGGCACCCACAACCGAGCACCACCCUGCUUAAUCAUCCCUUGUGGUCUGGUGUUCCCCCGGUAGCAGCGUUUGAAUCAGCCUACUACUUCGCUCGCCGGGGAAGUUUUGAGACAUGGCGCCCGCACCUUGGCGCAGUUUCGACGAACACUGCAAACCUGGGCUUGAGAAGUCUUGUGGAGGGAGCUGCACCACCCUCAUACUGCAUCCAGCACCAGCUGUUGAGGCAUUGCCCCCGGAGCACUGCGGGGAACGGAUCUCGCCUUCCAUCACGCACGGAGUUUGUGAUUGCUAUAAUCAAGCAGAGUGGCCAUUCCAGGCUUUUGCGUUCAGUUGGACUACAAGAGAAAGACCAGUUCUGGAACACUUUAAGAAUCUUCAUAAUUGCUGGAGAACCAUCAGGGGACAGCAUUGGGGGCUCUCUGAUGGUGGCAAUGCGAAAGGUAGCCCAUAGGCACACUGUGGAGUUCAAGGGCGUUGGGGGCCCCAAGAUGCAGCAAGCAGGGCUGACGUCACUUUUUCCAAUGGAUGACCUGGCUGUCAUGGGAAUCGCAGAGGUCAUCUCCUCUAUCUUCCGCAUCAAGCGCAGGAUCUCAGAGACGGUUGCAGCCCUGCUUGAUUUCCACCCCCACAUCGUCGUCACCAUUGACUCCAAGGGCUUCUGUCACCGCGUGCUGACCAGCGCACGAGAAGAAUUUGUGACGGCUGCGGUCGCCCCCCCUGCCUGCAUACAGUAUGUCGCCCCCUCUAUCUGGGCCUACAAGGACGGCGGUCCUCAGCAGCUGGCAGCUAAAUGGGGCCCAGUCAUCGACCACAUGCUGUGCAUCCUCCCCUUCGAGCCUCCCCUCUGCCGAGCCGCCAGCAUACCCGCAACUUUUGUGGGGCACCCUGUUCUAGAGGACGCUUGGGAGUGUCAAUCGUCCAGUGUUGGUCACCCCUGGGAAAUCCAUGGCGACGGAGCAGCUUUUCGAUUGCAGCACGGGCUUGGACACGAAGCUCGGCCCAUGGUUUGCUUUCUGCCAGGGAGUCGCCGCCAAGAGAUCCAGCGUCUGCUACCCACAUUCAGGAGAACGUUCAUGCUCCUCCGCGAAGGGCGGCCAAAACUGACCGCUGUGGUGGUCACGAUUCCUGGCCCCGUCGGAGACCAAGUCACUGCCGACGUGGCAGCUUGGAGUAUCAGUCACGCAGUCACAUGCACACCCGCUACGGAGCAGGAGAGAUACAACGCCUUUGCGGCCUGCGACGUUGCCAUAGCCGCCUCCGGCACGGCCGUCAUGCAGCUGCUGCUCGCGCGCAUCCCCACGGUGGUGGCGUACCAGGCCCACUGGCUGACCGAGUGGGUGGCCCGGCGGCUCGCGGCGGUGCGCCACCUGGCGCUGCCCAACAUCCUGGCGGGGCGCGAGGUCGUGCCUGAGGCCAUCUUCGCGGAUUGCACUCCGGAGCGGCUCGCUCAGCAUGCCAGCUCCUUACUGAAGAGCCGCUUCGAAAGGACCUUGCAAGCUGAGAACGCAGAGCGGAUUCUGUCUUUCCUUGGUCCUCCGGCGAGCCGCAGCCCGGGGCCUUGCAAGCAGAAGAGGAUCCAACGAUCUGGUGCUGCCGACAGCUCGCGUGAUAUGUUGACGGAGGAGGACAAAGUCAUCGAAACGGGUGUUGCAGAAUGUCCUAUAACGUUGUAUGAAAGGCCAAGCAUGGUGGCAGCCAGGGCUAUCCUCCAUUGUUUUGAACAGAAACAUUAUGCAGAGGUACUCUGACUUCCCUCAAAUGAUUGGCAUAGACAUAAAACUUAAUUGCCAUAGAAUCAACGUUGACCGACGAUUGAAUGUAUUUUGGAUUGGCUUUCACGCGUUGAUUGGUGUAGAGCCG